UGCUGUCACGAUGAAUGUGCUGCUGUCGCCGCAGUUACCAGUUUUCCCUCACCAGCACGAAAACUUGCAUCUUUCCCAGCGAAACCUCUCCUCGAUUCACAACAUGAGCAGCCGGAAACGAAAGGCCGACGAAGAUGGAGACGAAAACAUGUCACCCAUGAGCUCCCCUGCCGUAUCCUCCCGGCCCCUCAUCCGCCCGUCGAAAAAAUUCAGAUCCAACGACUUGAUCGGCAGACCCCUCUCUCUACCGCGGCUCUUGGAAACCCUCGACACAAAUCAGCUGCGAACAGUUUUGGAACGCAUCUGCGAGCGCCAUCCGGAUAUUGGGCAGGAAGUGGUCUCAGGGGCGCCCCGACCUACCGUUGACUCGGCAAUGAACGUGCUAUAUGGUUAUCAAGAGAGACUGAAUGCCGCCGCUCCAUACGGGGACAGCAGCGCGGAAUAUACAUAUGACCGAGUUAGGAGUCACAUCGUCGCCUUGAUCGAUGCACUCUCCGAUUUCACUCCCCAGUUUCUUCCACCGAUCGAGACCCAGCCCACCAAAUCCCUGGAAUUCCUUGAUGGUGCAACCAGAUUCAUUCACAGCCUUCCAAAUUGGCAGCCACAGACUUACCGCCAUCACAAAGACAACGCAUACGAGGACAUCUCCAAGGCAUGGGCUCUAGUCAUUAAUGAAGCAGCGAAGCGGGGCGGUGGAUUUAAUCUGCAUUCCGAUGGAUGGGACCAAAAACUGGCUCGACAUAACGAACAAUCCGGAGGACGACUAGCAACAGCCAUUACAGCCAUGUCAAAUAGCGUUGGCUGGAUGGGAUCGAAUGAGAAUGGGGGCUCGUCAGAGCAAGGCUCCAUUCUCAGCCAGCUCGUAUCGGGAGCAUAUGGGUCGCCAGUUAGGGUCGGACCUUGGUAAACGCUGCUAUAUAAUAUACGGAGAGCGGCUAGACCACUGCAUUUUUUUUUCUUCUUCUCUCGUCAGUCCGGCCGCCACCCGUGGCGGCCUUAGAGCAAGCUACGACGCUUUUAUUCUCAUCACGACAAAAUCUUUCUCCAGCAUCAACGGGUUAUCAUAGACUUCGGCACUCAUUUUUCCUUGCGCACAACUUUGGCUGGUUUGGCGUUUACUUCUUUCUUUUGUAAUUUGAUAUCCUUUCUUUAUUCAUCGAGUGGCGGUAGGGAUUCUUCAGUGUGGCAUUUUUCUGGCUUAUUGGUAUUUGUACUGGUACGGACACAGCAUCAUCUGUAAAUAUUUGAGAUUAAAAAAAAUUUCCCGUAGUCCUGUAUCAGUAAAACAGGCGUGGAUCAAUCUCUCUGUCUCCUUGCUCGCUCUGUGAAU